AGUAUCUAUAAUUAUUUUGUAGAUGGAGAUUACUCCCAGGCCAUAACCUACUACACACAGGCGAUAGAACUCAACCCCUACAUGGCGGCUUAUUACGGCAACCGCAGCUUUGCUCAUCUCCGGACCGAGAGUUUUGGUUACGCGCUGAGUGACGCCUCCAAAGCUUUACAGAUAGACAGAAAUUAUGUCAAGGCCUACUAUAGGCGGGCUUCGGCCAAUAUGGCUCUGGGGAAAUUCAAAGUUGCUCUCAAAGAUUUUGAAUCGGUGAUAAAAGUGCGGCCAAAUGACAAAGAUGCGAAAGCUAAGUACAGCGAGUGUAAGAAAAUUGUCCAGAUGCAGGCUUUUCAGAGAGCGAUAGCUGUGGAAGAAAAUCAUAAAUCUGUGGCCGACAGCAUUGAUCUGGGCUCCAUGAGGUUUAUUAUUCUACCCUUGACUUUAUUUAAUGGUGACUUUGUGGAUCGAGGGUCCUUCUCAGUGGAGUGUGUCAUUGUCUUGUUUUGUUUUAAGCUUUUAUUUCCCAAUCAUUUCUUCAUGGCCAGAGGUAACCAUGAGAGUAUAACAAUGAAUCAGAUGUAUGGUUUUGAGGGAGAAGUAAAGUCCAAAUAUACGUCACAAAUGGCUGACCUCUUCACAGAAAUAUUUAACUGGCUACCAUUAGCACAUUGUAUAAACAACAAAAUUUUAGUAAUGCACGGUGGUUUGUUUAAAGAUGACAACGUGACUCUGGAUGAUCUCAGGAAAAUCGACAGAAACAGACAACCACCUGAAUCAGGUUUAAUGUGCGAGCUUCUGUGGUCCGAUCCUCAACCAAUGUCUGGUCGGGCCGAGAGUAAGCGUGGGGUGGGAACCAUGUUUGGACCUGAUGUCACAAGGAAGUUUCUGGAAAGGAACAAUUUGGAGUAUGUUAUACGAAGUCAUGAGGUUAAGCCAGAGGGAUAUGAGGUCUCUCACGAUGGGAAAUGUAUAACUGUCUUCUCAGCACCUAAUUACUGUGAUACGAUGGGGAACAAAGGGGCCUUUAUGACCUUGAGAGGAGAUGACCUUACACCAAAAUUUACAUCAUUUGAUGCUGUGCCACACCCUAAUGUUAAACCUAUGGCCUAUGCAAACAACCUGUUUGGAUUGUUUUAAUCUUCAUAGAAGGAAAAGAACAGACUACAUGUAACUUAUAAUGUACCUCAUGGGUUUAUCACCCAAUGCCAUAGAAACCGUGUAAUGCACAUUAUAAAUCAGUCUUUUAAAGACAGCAUCAUCAAUGUGCAGGCAUUAAACUUCAAGUAAUUUAAAAUGAUAAAGAUUAAGCUAAAUUGAGAGUUAAGCGAUAAUUAUUUAGUAGAAAUAUAUUAUUUUAUAUAAUAUAUAGACCAUCAAAGUCAGGACAAACUAUUCAAGGUAAACCAGAAAUAUUUUGUCCGAAAACUUUGUUCAUAGCUACUUAUUUGUGGCAGCUGAUAUUUUAUUGUCAAGAAAUUCAAGUUUUAAUAAAAUGAUAAAAA